ACGGCCAGGAGCUGGGAGCCGGAGUCCGGUCUCAGCGCCCCGCGGGGUUCUCGGGUUGUGGGGCCGAGACCGGGCAUGGCCCUGGCGCUGCGCCUGCUGCUGCUGGGGGCUGUAGCCCUGCGGGGGGGCCACUGCCGCCUGCACUCCAGGCGCAUUUUGGACACUGUGGUGUCGGAGCCUGCCCCGGGGCUGCCCUGGUACAGCCGUGUUGUGUAUGUGGACGAUCAGCUCACCUAUGUCUACACCAGUGGGACGAAGAGGGCGGAGCCCUACACACUGUGGAUGGCGCAGAACGAGGGUUCGGAGUUCUGGGAUGAGGUGACCUGGUGGGGACAGCGCUUCCAGAAAUGGUACAAUUCGAGUCUGAACACCCUGAGUCAGCUCUACAACCGGACCGAGGGGUUUCACAUCAUCCAGACGAUAUACGGCUGUGAUCUCCGGGAAGACAACAGCAUUCAGGGGUUUUACCAGGAUUCAUAUGAUGGACGAGACUUUCUUACCUUCGAUAAGGAGACCAUGACUUGGGUAGCAGCAGAUAUUGGGGCUCAGAUCACCAAGAGGAGAUGGGAGGCUGAAGUAAAUGACAACCAGCAGUGGAAACGCUACGUGGAGGGGAAUUGUAUUUCCUGGCUAAGGAGUGCUCUAGAGUACGGGAAGGAGACUCUACAGAGGAAAGUGUGUCCAACAGCUAGAGUGAGCGACAGGUCAUCUCAUGACGGCCUCACCACCCUCUCCUGUAAGGUCAGUGGAUUCUACCCCCGGGACAUCACCGUGACCUGGCUGAAAAAUGGGGAGAGCAGACAGCAGGAGACCUACUCUGAAGGCAUCCUACCCAAUGGGGAUGGGACCUACCAGACCUGGGUGACAAUGGAGAUUGAUCCCAAGAUCAAAGCCCAUUAUUCAUGUCACGUGGAGCAUGAAAGCCUGUUAGAGCCACUCUCUGUCUCCUGGGAACCAAAUAAUAGUCUGAUUCCCAUUGUGGCUGGAGUUAUCACUGCAGCUGUCCUGAUUGGUGUUAUAAUCGGAGUAUUCUUCUGGAAAAAGCAAUGCCCAGGGAGGAAGGGAGACGGCUACGCUGUAGCUCAGGCAAGUGACCAAGGAUCUAGUGGCUCUGACAGAUCUGCCAAGGCUUAACAGAGCCUGUUGGAGUCUGUACCACAACCUGAGGGGAGCCCAGAGAGGAAGAUGGAUGAGCUCUGCUCUGUCUCCCUACAAGAACCAAUCAACCUCUCCCAGCUUUUCUCUGGCACUUGGAGUGUCCCAUGUGGGAUUUCUGGCCUCAUUUAUCUGCUCACUGAACCACGUUUUACCUUUUAGAUGUAAUAGUUUUCUGUAAUAAUGUUUUAUUUGCACAAAAUAAUUUCCAAAAUGUUAAUGGAUAAAAACUCUUUUAGUAAGAGUUUAGUAUUUGCUAGCAUUUAGUGUGUGCACUCAAUGCUCUACGCUGCGCAGUGCUGUUUGCACACUCUGUACGGUAUGCUAGAUAUGUGAGCAGUAACUGCUUGUGUGUAUAUGGUGGGGGACCUAUUUUUUUUCUGUAGAAUUUCAUGAUUGUAACAUGGUAAAUGGCCUGGUCUACUCACAGCUGGUAGCACUGUUGCUAUCAUCAGCGGAGGAAGUCUGCUGGACAGGAAUAAGUGUCUGCAUUUAGUUUAUAAGUGCCUCUAAUGGCCUGUUCACCAUUUGUAGAGCCAUAGAAAUGCUGGGCUAGAAGGGACCUCAAGAGGUCACUGGCAAGACCAAGUAAACCAAGACCAUCCCUUGUCACACCCCAAUGGCCCUCUCCCUCAAGUCCCCUGGGAAGGCAGAUCAGUAUUGUAUGUUGCUAACACUGGUGCAGUAUUCUGGGAAGGGUUAAAGGUGUGAGUGAGUGGGGAAUGGAAGGUUCCUUUGCAGGUUUCAGGAGGCCAAAGGAGGGAGAGAGAGACAAGGGAACGGGUUAACUUGACACUCCAGCUAGGCCUGGAUAAGAGGUUGACUCCAGCCCAAGGUCACUGCACACAACAGAUUCUCUGCUACCUGCCAAGAAAGAGGGGGGCCGAGCUUCCAACCCUGCCCUGCCAUAAGAAAGGAGACUCGCAGAACAGAAACUGGAGGGGCUGUGAAAACGAGGGAGACAGUGAAGGUCAGCGAAUGGGAGAACAGCCGUCUCCCAUCCCCUGAAGCCGGAGUGUUUUGGGGAAGCUGAGGAAGCCACAGAAAACCGGUUCAGACUGGGGCAGAGAGCAAAAGCCCUCAGGAACACCUAGGGUAAAAACCCUCCCGAGAGCAGAAGCAAGUUGGAGAUUUAGAGCGGACCCCGGACGACCUGUGCCCAGGGAAGAACUCCCGUCCACCCUUCCCCCCGGCCUUCUUCUUACAUUACACCCAGACUUGGGUUGUGCGUGUGAGAGUAUGGGUUAGGGCUCAGGCACGAACGUUUCCUUCCUUCCUUCCUCAGAGUGACGUGGGAAACACAGCACUCUCCGCUGUUAUUUUCUUAAUAAAACUUUAAACUUA